AUGACGUCAAACACUAAGACUGUCGCAUUCUUUGGCGCCAGCACCGGCGUUGGCCUUUCUGCCCUCAAACACACUCUCGCUGCCGGACACAAAUGCAUCGCGCUUUGCCGUGAUCCCUCAAAACUCACAGCCAUCUUCCCUUCAGGGUCCCAACCAAAUCUGAAAAUCGUCGAAGGAAAUGCACACGACAUCUUGCCCGUAUUACAGUGCCUCCAAACCGACGAUGGUCGCAUCGUCGAUACCAUCGUGUCCACAAUCGGCGCCAAGCCAACCGGGUUCAGCGUCGAUGAUCCGGACGUCUGCAAGAAAGGCGCAGCAACUAUGCUAGAUGCCCUCGACCAGCUUCGCAGCACCGGCAUCACCGGAAAACCACACAUAAUCGCCACCAGCACGGCGGGCUUCUCCCGUUUCGUCCGCGAUGUUCCUCUCGUUAUGAGGCCCGUCUAUUACCUGUUUGUCAGCGUCCCCGGAGCGGAUAAGGUAGUCAUGGAAGACCGUUUCUCGCAGAGCGAGGAAUCAUUCACAAUCUUCCGUGCUAGCCACCUUGUUGAUGGCGAGUCGAACAACAAGAUCCCUAUCCGUGUGGGCAUCGAGGAUCCCAAGACUGGUCCGGAGUGCAUGGCUAUUGGCUAUACUAUCUCCAGGGAGGAUGCGGGCAAGUGGCUUGCUGAGAACCUUGUCUUGAAGCUGGACCCAAAGUAUGUGAACAAGAAUGUGACUGUUACAUACUAA